AGAAAGUGACAGGCUCAACUUUAAUACUGACCUCAUUACAGGGCACCCCAGCAACAACAGACAAAACAGACAGGAUGUCUACAGAAAAGAAGGACGGAUACGAACUCGCUGAACGAGGAGAGGAAAAUGAUGGAGGAAAGAAAGAGAGUAGUGCCAAAGAACAAGCGGCGGAGCAGGAGCCAAAGGUGAUAACCAAAGGAGAGGGUGGCAUGUCCCCCAAACAGGCGAAGCGUGCCAAGUACGGUGUCCUACUCGUUCUCGGUUUGAUCCUCCUCAUCGUUCUCAUCAUCGUACUAACUGUUUUAGCUAAACGAAGAGGCCAUAUGCAAGAUGAAGACGAUGAGGAAGAAACGACAACAGUUCGAACAGUCACAAGAAAACAUCCUCCUCACAAUAUUACUGUGCUCGAAGGGGACACAACCACAGAUUUAUUUUCAUUGAACUACCCUGGGAAGUAUCCUGAAAACACCACGUUUACUUGGUACGUUUCCGCCCCGGAUGGCUACAACAUCUUGAUUCACUUUAAAAACUUGAGUUUAGAAGACGAAUACGACUAUUUGUACAUCGGUUCCGGUCAGGUCCAGCUAUAUCCGGGUACAAUGUUUCAGACAUUAACCGGGUUUGAAAAUCCGGUGGACAUCUUCUUUCCAGGCAACGAGCUUUACAUCCAUCUCAAUUCGGAUCCUUACGAAUCUCAUUACGGAUUCUGGAUGCAGUUGACAACAUUCAAAGGAAGCGAUAAUUUUACGUGCCCGGUGGGAACAUCUAUGUGCAAGUAUAGUCGAAGCUGUUUUAUUGAAGAGGAUAGAUGUGACGGAGUGCUACGGUGUGCUGAUGGAACUGACGAAGUGGGAUGCAAAUGUCCCGAUCCAUGGUACGAGCGCUGCGGAGAUGGACACUGCCUCGUUAGAACACAGAUCUGUAACAGAAAGGUAGCUUGUAUGGACGACGAAGUCAAUUGCACUUUCGUCUGCAACAAUGGCAAUAAAAUCCGUCCGAGUUAUGUUUGUGAUGGCUUCAACGACUGCAUAGAUAACAGCGAUGAGGAGCAGAAUUGUGUAUGCCUGCCUUUCCAGUACGCCUGUAACGAUGGGAAAUGUAUACACACAAACAACAAGUGCAAUGGGAUAGCCGAGUGUACGGACGGCGAAGAUGAAGCGGACUGCACAUGUGCAAGCUGGCAAUUUCAAUGUCCGAACUCGACCUGCAUACCCGGAUGGCUGACCUGUGACGGAAGUGACGAUUGCUCAGACGGAAGUGACGAACAAAAUUGCCCAGCUUGUCCCGGAAGAUACCAUCAGUGUACUGACAAACGUUGUAUCUCACUGGAUAAGUUAUGCGAUGGCACACCAGACUGCGCUAAUGAUGAGGAUGAGCAAAAUUGCGAAACCACAUGUGAUCCAGGACAAGUCACAUGCCCAGAUGGCACAUGCGCAGUCAAUAUAUCAAGUUGCAGCGUCACCACAACGACUAGCAUGCCCACAACGAAUCCGAUGCCAACGACGACGCGACCACCGUCGAUAACAGUGCACGGACUCAUGACGACGGAAGCAAAAUCGACUUUUACUAAGGCUCCAGUCAUAUGCGAAGACUCUGGUUUUGCGUGCAACGAUGGAAAAUGCAUCAAACAAGAAUACCGCUGUGACGUCAUAAAAGAUUGUGAUGAGGGUGAAGAUGAAGAUAGCUGCACGGACAUAAAAAAUAGCUGUGAUGGUUUUGAAUCGACAGAUCGGUUUGUUUGUGAUGGUCGGAUGGACUGCCCGGAUGGAUCCGAUGAAGAUAACUGCCCUUGUGGUGAUCGCCCCAUAAUGGAUGCAAACGUCAUUAUGGGUUUUGCCGUCACGACACGGGGGAAGUGGCCAUGGCACGCUGGGGUCAUCAGCUCUUCGAAGUCACCCUACUGCGGUGGUACAUUAAUCAACCGGAAGUGGGUCCUCACUGCAGGUCACUGUGUGGUCGGACUGCGUAAUGGCAAAGUCUACCUUGGAAUCACGAACUGGAAAACCGGCAGGGAAAACGGACAGACCAUUCCCGUCGAACGGAUCUGGGUCCAUCCGAACUACACGGGAGGUCCAGCCUACCAGAAUGACCUUGGGAUCAUGAAAUUGAAGGAACCGGCUACACUCAAUAACUUUGUCCAGCCGGCUUGUCUUCCUCCCAGAGGUUACGUCAUACCUGAUGGUUCUUACGUCACAGCCACUGGGUGGGGUUCCAUCGUGGAGAGCAGUGCUACACCUCCCGACCUACAGGAGGUCCGUCUUCCGACAGUUCCCCUGGAGUACUGCAGGAACCACUAUUCGCUGGAGCUCCUGGACAGUGUGGUCUGUGCGGGAUACUCAAAUGGAUACACCAGCACCUGUUUUGGUGACAGUGGCGGGCCCCUGGUGUCUUUUAUCAACGGUACUUGGUAUUCCAUCGGUUCAGUGUCGGCAGGGGAAUCAUGCGGUGGACCGUACAGGCCAAAUAUCUUUACUGGCACCGCCAGUAACUUGGACUAUAUACUGAAAAUAAUGCAAGAAAAUUGAUUAUAAUUGAUAGCUUAAAUUUCUUAAUAGGACAGGCACCUAGAUAUUAGGUUUUAUUAGUGGAAUAAGGUCGAGGAAGAAUGAAAUAAGUAAUAACAAGAAAAAUAAAUGGUAGGAUCAUUAUCCUUACCAUCACGCGCAGGGCAGCGCCAUAGAUGGGCGACCGCCUUUAUUUUUAAUUACCAUCUUCCAGGGGCGGCGGAACGUAUUUUCGUUAGGGGGCAAAGCCAACAAGGGCACUUUAUGUCAAAAUGGGCAUUUUGGUGUAAAAUAAUAUUUUCACCAUGAGAUUAUCAUCUGCGUGAAGUAGUUGUGUGUUUUGUAGUAAUAAAGUUGAGCAAAGUCUUUUCCAAGUGAUUUCUGAUUGAAUAGAUAUAGGCUUUGGAAUAAAAUUCAAAUCUAAAGUUGUAAAACUUGCGUUUUGGUGCUACUUACUGUUAAAAGGACAUCCUUGUGAGAUGUUGCGAGCGCGAAUCGCGAGCUCAAACUUUUGGACAUUUCAUCUCAUAAGACAUGAAAAUUGAACAUUCCGAACAGUUUUAGUAAUCAUGAAAAAGAUAUAUAUCUAACUAAAGAACUAUCUCGAGCGCAAAGCGAGAGCUCAAACUUUUAAUAUACUGACCAGAAAAAGUAUUUAUGUUUUACUUUUGGUUCCGCCGUCCCUGCCAUCUUCCACCACCAAUCCCCCCCCCAAAAAAAAAAAACAAUAGAAAGCGAGAAGAACACAGGAAAAGAAAGAAAAACAACGAAGAAUAAUAGAGAGAGGGUGAGAGAGAGAGUUGGUUUGUAUAUUUAUGUCAUAUGAUCUAGAUAUAUCCCCCUUUUUUCAGGUCGCAUUUAGUUUGUAUUAUCCCAUAUCGCAAUAACAUUGUCGCCGCCUGCGCACACCAUCGCUAUAAACUGUACCAGGUCUUUGAAGGCGAUACGGGAAAAAUAGGUGACCUUUAUUUCAACUAUUGAUGCUUUACUUAAAGUAAUUGUGAUAAAUGAUAGUAAUAAUUACGAACAAAGUUUUUGUUUCUCUUCCAUUUAAGAGGCUGGGUAAAUUCUUGACAAUACAAGUUCACUAAAUGAAUGUGGGAUGUGAACCAUGCGUGUAACAAUGUAUAAUAAGCCUAUUUAUUAUUUAUAACUUUAAUCAUAAUCAAUUUUUUGUCAUAGUCCUAUCAUAUGUACAGUACUUUGGUAUUUGUUAAAUCCAAUUUAGCUAUGAUUCUAAAUAUUCUGGAUGAUUUUUACAAACAUAUAUAUCUGUCUUGUCUUCCCAGUAAUGACAGCAAUCAUGACAAGAUUGUAUUGAUAAAAUUUUGGUUAAGAAUUAAAGAGAAAUGAAAGAAUACAUAAUUUCAAUCAUUGCAAACAUAAUUUGUAAGCAGGUCACGCACUAAAAGGUUGGGAAACUGAGCGCUUUGUGUAAAUUAGAAUCGCUAAAUGUAUUAGAUAAGAAUAUUAGUGAAUUCAUACAGUACCUCUUAUAAUGCAAGAGUAUUGUGAUGUGAUUAAUUAUUAGUUAUUAAGUUCACAUUUUCUCCAGCCGGCUUUCCAAGGAAAACUCAUUCUUUCAAUUCACAUUUUUUAUUUGCAUAUACUGUGGGUGAAAUUCUUAUUUGGGACGUGACAUCAUCAGCUCACACACAUCAUGCAUAAAAGUGUUUUAAUAAAAUAUUGGGGAAAAUUUGAUAAUUCAAUAUCUCCGGCGUUCAUUCCAUCCGAUGGAUGCUUGUUCAAUUAUACUUCAACGGUAUUUAUUGAAAUCAUGAUAUUUUCAAGUAUGAAUUAUUAUACUCCUUUAAAAUUAUACCGAUAAUAAUCAUAGUCUUGUUUCAAACCAUCAUGUAUCAGUUUUUACUAACGAUGUUUUGACAUGAUGAAAUACUAAGAAUACAUUACAAUUUUUGCUAGAUCUACUCAUGAUAUUUAAUGUAUAUUAGUGAAUAUACAUAAAACUUCUCUUAAAUUUUGCUUUAAUGAUUUAUUCAAUUAUCCCUAAAUGCUAUUAAUCUUUUCACUACGUCGUUCAAGAUGGAUGUACUAUGGAAAGAAAUAAUAUGUUGGUCGAAUAGCUAGAUGUGGCAAAAUUGCAUGCUUAUGCUAUUGAAUAUAAUUCUGAACUUUUGAUUUCGUUUCUUAUUUAGAUCAUGUUUGUGUAUGUGAAGAAAAUGUGCAUUAAAACACUGUUCUCUCGAAAUUGUAAUUUUUUAAAUUAUUUUUUACUUUCUAUUUUAACUGUAUGAUUUAAAGUAUUUAAAAUGUGCGUUUAGUGAGUAGUCUAUAGUGUAUUCACUGAUGUAGGCUAUACAAUAAUAAAAUGAAUAAAUAUAAAUAUAUAGUAGGAGAUUUUUGUUCGCUAUCUAAAGAUUUGGAAUAAAAAAUAAUUUAUAAAAAGAUAUGAAAAUGAGAUGUUAAUAAAUUGUGUAUUUUCCGACUUAUAAGUACUUGGAGUGUAAAACGAAAUUACACACACCAUGGAUCCCAGACACGCAUGUAUUUUUCUGUUAUCUACAUGUAUGUGGAAAUAGACAGUACCAACGUUGCUCAAUUAUAAUUGUUGAAAAGUCUUUUGAUUUCAAUGUUUACAAUUUUAUAUUGACUAUUUAAAUGUUUUAAAGUGAAUAUUCUAUACAAAAUAAUAUCUUUAAAUCUUGUCAAGGCAAUAAAUUCUGUUUCCGACAGUUUAUAAUACAUG